GCCCGUGCCCGUGCCCCCCGCAGCCUCCUCCUCCGCAGCCCAUGCCGCCUGCUGCCGCCCCGCAGGCCGGGGAGGACCCCACAGAAACGAGCGACGCGCUGCUGGUCUUGGAGGGCUUGGAGUCGGAGGCCGAGAGCCUGGAGACUAACAGCUGCUCGGAAGAGGAGCUCAGCAGCCCGGGCCGUGGGGGAGGAGGAGGCGGCCGGCUUCUGCUGCAGCCCCCAGGCCCUGAAUUACCCCCGGUGCCCUUCCCGAUGCAGGACUUGGUCCCUCCAGGGCGCUCGAGUAGAGGGGAGCAGCAACAGCAACCUCCCCCGCCCCCUCCUCCUCCUGGGCCCCUCCGGCCGCUCUCGGGCCCUUCUCGGAAGGGCUCGCUCAAAAUCCGCCUCAGUCGCCUCUUUCGCACGAAGAGCUGCAACGGUGGCUCCGGCGGUGGUGAUGGGGCCGGCAAGAGGCCUUCUGGAGAGCUGGCUGCUUCAGCUGCGAGCCUGACAGACAUGGGAGGCUCUACGGGCCGGGAGCUGGACUCGGGGAGGAAACCCAGGUUGACAAGAACUCAAAGUGCCUUUUCUCCAGUCUCCUUCAGCCCCCUGUUCACAGGUGAAACAGUGUCACUUGUGGAUGUGGACAUCUCUCAGCGGGGCAUGACCUCUCCACACCCUCCAACUCCCCCUCCUCCUCCACGAAGAAGCCUCAGCCUCCUAGAUGAUAUCAGUGGGACGCUGCCUACAUCUGUCCUUGUGGCUCCGAUGGGGUCUUCCCUGCAGUCUUUCCCCCUACCUCCGCCUCCUCCACCCCAUGCCCCAGAUGCAUUUCCCCGGAUUGCUCCCAUCCGAGCAGCUGAAUCCCUACACAGCCAGCCCCCGCAACACCUCCAGUGUCCCCUCUACCGGCCCGACUCGAGCAGCUUUGCGGCCAGCCUUCGAGAGUUGGAGAAGUGUGGUUGGUAUUGGGGGCCGAUGAAUUGGGAAGAUGCAGAGAUGAAGCUGAAAGGCAAGCCCGAUGGUUCUUUCCUGGUACGAGACAGCUCUGAUCCUCGUUAUAUCCUGAGCCUCAGUUUCCGAUCACAGGGUAUCACCCACCACACUAGAAUGGAGCACUACAGAGGAACCUUCAGCCUGUGGUGUCAUCCCAAAUUUGAGGAUCGCUGUCAGUCAGUGGUGGAGUUCAUUAAGAGAGCCAUCAUGCACUCCAAGAAUGGGAAGUUUCUCUAUUUCUUGAGAUCCAGGGUUCCAGGACUGCCACCAACUCCAGUGCAGCUGCUCUAUCCAGUGUCCCGAUUCAGCAAUGUCAAAUCCCUCCAGCACCUUUGCCGAUUCCGAAUCCGACAGCUCGUCCGGAUAGAUCACAUCCCGGAUCUCCCACUGCCUAAGCCUCUGAUUUCUUAUAUCCGAAAGUUCUACUACUAUGAUCCUCAGGAAGAGGUAUACCUGUCUCUAAAGGAAGCUCAGCUCAUUUCCAAACAGAAGCAAGAGGUGUUGGAACCCUCCACGUAGCGAGGGGCCCCCUGCUGGUCACCACUGAGGGCAUUUGGUUGCCAAGCUCCGGUUUUGAAGAACCAAAUGAAGCUACCGUGAAAAGGGGAAUGAGGAAAAACAGGGAGUAGGAAGGGUUGGGAUCCUCUGUGCAAAGACUUUGGUUCCCCUCUCAGCCCUGGGGCUUGGAAGAAGCACACACCAUACUCUCCCAAGUGGGGCUCCACCUUGUCACAAUCCAGCCCUGUGCUGUCCUGGAACUGGAUGAGCUCCUUGGAAAACUGGAAGAAGUCUCAACACUGUUCCUUUUUCAGAAGUUUUGUUUUGGAUAUUUGCAUUUCCCGGAUUGGAAAACUCACCCUAAAGGCAGCUGGGGUUUAUGCCCAUUGGACUGGAAGUGGUGCCAAGGGUGAGCAGCUCCGAAGGAGGGGAGGGGAGGGGAGCGAGGGGAGGGGGUUGCCAGCGAUGGCCAUUCCGCUGGGGCCAAAGGCAGAAUUCGAGUCUUCACCAUUGACCUUGAAGAAAGGAGGAGUCAGAAGUGCGGAUCAAGUCGGGAGUUUCUGAGGGAUGAGAAUCUGCUUCUCUUUCAGCAUGGGUAGCUUCAGUAGGAGCAAGAAAGAAAGGAGGGUGGGUCGUCUGGAAUAGAAAAUUACUGGACAAAAGCUGGCAAAUGGCCUUUGCUGGGGCAAGUAGUGAUUCCUCAUAUCCUUUCAUUUGAAGGUUUAAGAGCCUGAUUUCAGAAUCACCUCCCGUUGAAGCUGUGUUCAUUUUGUUUUUCUGAAUUCCUAAAUUCUGUGACCUCACGUUAGCCCCGUUCGUCCUCUGCCCUCAACCCAUCCCCUCGAGAUAAGUGUGCAUUUCACUCUGGUUAUGGUAACAUCAUUCCUAUUGCUUCCGCCAGCUGUCAGGGCAAUAGUUUUCCUCAUCACCUGAGCUGUUCAGAGCCCAGUCCCAGGCUGCUGAAGUUAAUGGAGCGUGCUUCCAGAUUCUUAAUGGCAAAUCGAACCCAUGGCUUAGGAGUCAGUGUUACUUACCUCCGUGUGUCUGUCAGCCAGUGAGAGGGAACGUGGAGGAAAGUGAGAAAGGAAGCUCUUGUGCUCGUCUUCAAGAAAGCUCCCUGGUUUCUCAGCCUUACUGGAAUGUCUUAGAUAGAAAGGAAGAGCAUUACAGCUCAUGUUUUUAGACUUAUCUGGUACAGGAGGUAGCAAGGGCUUUAUUUUCCUGUGUUCCUCCUAGCAACCUAUUUUCCUGAGUUAGAGCCUGUUCGCCUUCCUUUGGUUAAGUCUGUCAGAUGCCGAUUUGAGAGUUGCAUGCUUUCCAGAUGGAAGUGGAAGAGGAGGGAGAAAAACUCCAGUGCUUUUCAGUAGCCUUUAAUUUUUUUCUGAACUGGGCCAUUGUCAAAUCAUAUAAUCUUAUGAGCUUGCAUUUCUAUAGAGUUACUCUGGGGAGAGGUUUGCUAUUAAGAUGUGAAGAUUGAACUGUUUGAUUUUUUUUUUUUAGUCUUUUGCAGCAAGUGUUCGAACAGACUGCUUCUUUUGGUUCCCCUGUGCUUAUAUCUGCCUCAUCUCGUGAGAUAAUGUCAGGUUUGUGGUUUCUUGGUGGUUUGGGGUGAGGCCCAGUGUCUUGGUAAUUUAUAGGACUGACUCAUCUGGAAGUGUUGGCCUUCUGCCUUACAUCCUGCAUGGAAUGACCAUUCUUCCUCCUUAUAGCCGAAAAGGGAGGAAACUUGCAUUGCUACCUGGCUGUAAAGAGGUGGCCCAGAAAAUGAGUUUCAUAGCAUAAGCAUAGCCCAUCUCUCAUUUGUUGUGAGAUACCUCUUCUCUCUUUGGCUUCCAUGGUAGUGUUAAGAACCAGUUAAGAUUGUGAUCCUAGAAAUUGGUUUAACCUGUGUGUCUUGCCAUCUUGCAGAAAGUGUCACCCAACUGUAGGGCCCGCCAUCUGAAAUCCAUUGAGAUGCUCAAGUGGCUGUUAUACAGCUUCAUGGGAUCUUUAUUUUUUAAAUUACUUUUUAGUGUGUGUUUGUCUGGCUCUGGGCUAGCUACUGUGGAAAACACAAGGGGUGAAAGAUGUGAUAUCUGGCCUAAAGGAGCUUUUAGGUGACUGCCACACAAAAAGCAAUUAGAGAAUAACUCAGCUUGCAGGCAGAAUCAAGGGCUGUUUUUAGGAAAAUUCAGAGUGGGUAAGAGCAGAGUAGGGUAGACCAGAUGGUCAAGGACAGCUCUGGGGCUGUGAGGCUUUGGGUUGUAGGUGAGGGCAGGACAGUGAGAUGAGAAACGCAUAAACAUGAGAUGAGAUCAGAACAGGAGCUUAGAAGCAGAAAUGUACAUGAUGAGUCCUGAACAAGCCUCAAGUUAGACUGAUGGCAUCGAAGAGUCCUUUUCCCAUGCAGUCGUCUAGACUGAAACUUUCCAGUCAUCGUUAGGUCUGAAUUGUGUGGCUCUGAUGGUGAAGUGGAGCCCAGAGCCAGAAGUCAGCCAGGUUCCUGCCUGUGGCCAGGGACUUCACCGUUCUCAGGCCAGCCUGGGUGAGGAAGGCAGAACCCCCGGGCCCCUUGUGGUACCAGGGGUUUCCAUCAGAGAACCUAUACUCUCAGGUACAAAACCAAACCAGCUGAGGAGGUGAGACGCAACCUCACCACCAUCCUUCUUUCUUCUCCCAGGAGGGGCAGCGUUUACCUGUGUCCAUGAUCUGUCUGUGCGUUAGUCACAGCCCAGGCUGGCGCCUGGUCCUUCCUCAGUAGAGGGGGCUUCAGGACAGUUGCAUAAGAGGAGACAGGCUCCAUUGGGAGGUGAGGAGGAAGGGCUGUUGGCUGAGGUACCAGCCAGGUCCGAGUAAACAGAGGGAGCAGGAGCAGCUGGCUGCAUCUCUCCCGGCUGCGCCCCCGCCCCCCCACCAGUUCUGUGUAGUGCUAAUUGAAAUGCAGUCUGCAGAGGGAAUUCAAUCUUUUGGUUGUUGUAUUUUUCAGGUCACAAACUGGAAAAGGUUCUCACUUCUAGGGACCUGUUGUUGAUUCUAAGAUGUGAUGGGUGAUGUCAUUACCCUCAGGCCCAGGCUGUGGAACCCUCACUUGGUUAGGAUUGAUCUGCUGUAACCUCCUCAGGACAGGUGUGACUCACUGUGCGCUGGGGCAGCUACUGCUACAACUUGCUAUUACUUGAAAUUCGUGUGCUAUGGUUGCACAGGAGGAGGAGGGUGGGGGCUUUGGUGCAGGGCCUAGCUAAGUGGGUGACAGCUAGGAGUUUAGGACAGUUGGUGAUGGCCUUGGCCUGGUUGCCUGCCUGUGCCUGGCUACAGUGAGUGUGACACCCUGGAAGGCCAGCCCUGGGCGGCAGCACUCAGCCUCCUGAGGGGAGAGGGAUGGUGGGGAGCUCACCGCUGUGGUUUCUCCUCCUCUCCUGCUUGUCACUGGGGCUGAUUAUGCAGGCCCCUGCUGAGGUUGGGAGUGACGCAGAGAUAGCUGCAAACACCCCUCCAAUGCACAUCCAGGAAGUACUGGGAAGAGGGAGGGUGGUUAGUGUUCCCAGAUCUAGGUGUGAGAGGCCUGUGUAGAGCCCAAUGCUCUGGGUGCCAGCCUUUUUAGCCUCCACCUGGGCCCCUGGAAGAGCAUGGCCGGCUGGAAGCCCUCGGCCCUAGUGGGAAAUGGAAAUAAGAGGAACUUAUCCCUUAGGUUGGAUCCUUUCCUGCCCUGCAUCCUCUACCUUGGCUUUGAGCCCUGAAGUUGGAGGACUAGCCCUGGGAUAUAUAGCGCUCUGGCUGCUGGAAGGAGGUCUGAUAGUCACUGUAUGUGUGUAUGUGUGUGUGUGUGUGUGUUCAUUUGCAGAAGUCUUGGUACCAGUUGGGGUGUUGAGAGCAUCUCCACUGGGGAGAGACCUGCCAUUUGUUUUUAGAGAAUGACAUGCCCCCUGUCCCUAAGGGAGGAGCUUUUGAGUUAGACAUUUUCCCUAUGGGAAUCCUCUUGGUUUGGUUUGUGGGAAAGGGGGAAUGGAUAAAUGAUUUUUAUCUCUGAUUGUCAACACAGCUGUUCUUACACUGAAUUUGUGCUAUUGCAUACAUGUAGCCAUCUUUCUUUUCACUGCAGCAGUGUUUAUCAGUAGUUGAAAAUGAUUUAUUUGCUCCUGGGGAGUAAAACCUUUUUUAUUAAAAAAGAAAAAGAAAAAAAAGCAUGACCCCCUUCCCUCCAUUAUAGUUAUAGGGUUAUUGGUCCCCAAAGCUCAAGAAGGCAAAGUCAAGUCCACCAGUCCUUGUGAUCUGUCCUGUUUUGACAUUGGAGCCUAAUGCUCAGCACAAAAUGACAGGAGGCCUUGAGAAGAUAGAAAGCAAAGCCUUGGGAAGAGUGAGAUGGGGGUCGGACCGUAGAGACUGGGGACUCAGAUGCUGCAGUUAGAAAAAUAGUCAUGAACUGUAUUUAAAAUAUCGAUUCUCUAAUCUGCCAGGGAAAGACCUUUCUUUACAUGCAGAUUCCAUAUUGUCUUUGUCCUUUUCAUGCUUUUGACCUUCCUGGUAGGUGCCACCCACUUUCUUCCUGUUUCCCAUCCUGUCCCCUACCCCUUCUCCCAGUCCUUCCCACUCCCGGCUACCUCCCAGGAAGCCAGUCUUGCAUGCUGAGUCUGUGACAUGCCUUCACGCCCAUUUCAUCUCAUUUAGAGGAUACCUGGAACUGCUCCCUCCUCCCCAACCGCUUCUCUGAAACGCCACAUUGAGGGGCAGGCAAAAAGCAGCCAGUUAGGGCGGAAGACCUGAAUGUCUGGUCGCAGCUGGACUGCGAUCGUAAUUGCUCCUGGAGAUGGAGUGUAAGGUGAACUUAGGACACUCUUGAUCAGAACCCAGGACAUCACAAACCACACAGCCCCACUCAGAGCUGUGUCCCAAGCCCCCUACCCAGCUCAGGUGGAGCGGGAAGGCUGGUCUGACCACUCCAUCCCUGGUGCUUCCUUGAACAGGGACCUGCCCCUCACCGUUAGGCCCAGAACCUUCUCCAAGAGACAAACAUAAUCCAGGCACUGCUCUGGACAGGCCGGUUGUUGGAAUGCCCAAACUGGUGCUGCCCGUGGCACAGCCACUGCUAGACAUUUUUUUGGUUGUUUUUAAGAAAUUUAAUGAAGAGGGGUGUCGUUCUGGGCUCGGGGUGGUUGCCAAUUCUUCACCAGAAGGGGAGCCACACCCCCUCCGCAACCACUUCCGUCCUCUUCAGCCACCCCACCCUCCUCCAAGCCAAAGCGUGGCCUGGCUUUUGUCUUCCCAUUUAGUUUUUCUCCUUUCCUCUACCUUUUUGUGCUUAAUUUAUUAAAAUAGUUGCUGUAUAAUUUAUUUUCAUAAACUAUAAAAAUUACUAAAUGGUUAAAAUAGACUUGCAGGCCAAUCUUAAAUGGGGUGGGAGGGUCUGAGGGUGGGGUGGGGAAAGGGAAAGAUGUUUUGAUAUAAACAAAACAAAUGCACUUUGGGUGUGUUUUGGUAUUUUUCUGGGAAUAGAUGGGUGGGUGUUGGGAUGUCCCUGUAGAUUAGUUCCAGAGUGGGGUGUCUGUACAUACUGUAUUAAUAGGCAUGUUUGACUCUUGUAAAGGGACAUUAGUAGCUGCUGCAGGUCCUGUUUGGAAACCCCAUGUACAAUUCCCAGUUUUUUGUAAGUGUCAGUGCGGGAGACAUUUGACUCUUGUGUUUGUACCUCCUUUUUAUGAUUGCUGUACUGACCCAUGUCUUUUUGCGGAAGGGGUGAAAAGAGAUUUGAAAUAAAAAUGUUUAGAAAUUA